AACAAAUAGAAGAAGAAACGAAAGGGGAAAGACAAGGCAAAGGGGAAAGACAAAACAACGGGGAAAGACAAGACAAUGGGGAAAGAGAAGACAGCGGGAAAAGACAAGGCAAAGGGGAAAGACAAAACAACAGAGAAAGACAAGACAACAGAGAAAGAGAAAACAGCGGGAAAAGACAAGGCAAAGGGGAAAAGAAUAAUGAAAGAAGAAAGAAAACGAAAGGAAAGAAAAGAAAAACAAAAUGA